CAAGCCGGUCAAAGAGGUCAAGAGGGUAAAGAGUACGCUUCAAACGCAGCUUGUGUAAUUAUCGAUAAUGUCGAAUGCAGAGAAACAGACGUCUGUCGACUCAAUAUUGUAUACGAGAGGGAAGCUACAGAUCCUUGACCAACUUCUGCUUCCGGAAAUGACCAAAUAUAUUGAAAUUAAAGACGUAAAUGAGGGGUGGAGCGCCAUCAACAAAAUGCAGAUUCGUGGAGCUCCAGCCAUUGGUGUUGUGGCCUCACUGAGCCUUGCUACUGAAUUACACCAAAAGAAUUUUCAAACUCCUGAUGAACUGGUUUCCUGGGUGUUAGAGAGGAUGAACUACCUGGUCACUGCAAGGCCAACUGCUGUCAACAUUUCAGAUUCUGCCAUAAAGUUCAAACAAUUCUGCACAACAUACCUUGAUCAGAAGUUAGGGGCAGAGGACAUGAAAUUGAGGAUCAUAGAAGCAGCAGAAGAAAUGUUGAGGAAAGAUGUGGAGGAUAACAAAUCAAUUGGACGGCAUGGUAGUGCCCACAUGUUACAAAAUAUUGGAGACAAGCCAUUACGGAUACUGACCCAUUGUAAUACAGGUUCUCUGGCCACAGCAGGAUAUGGAACAGCUCUUGGUGUCAUACGUGCCCUAUUUGAACAAAACAAAAUUGACCAUGUCUACUGCACAGAAACCAGACCAUACAACCAAGGGUCCAGACUAACAGCCUAUGAGUUAGUCCAUGACAAAAUGCCAGCCACUCUUGUCUGUGACAGCAUGGCUGCUUUUCUCAUCAAAAAGAAAGGAGUCAGUGCCAUUAUUCUUGGUGCAGAUAGAAUUGUAGCAAAUGGUGAUGUGGCCAAUAAAAUAGGGACUUAUCAACUGGCCAUAUGUGCUAAAUAUCAUGAAAUUCCCUUCUAUGUGGCUGCCCCAAGCACAUCUAUUGAUCUGAACUUGCAGACGGGGGAUGAGAUCAAGAUUGAAGAGCGUCCACACAAUGAAAUGUUCACUGUUAAGGGACAGAGAAUUGCUGCAGAAGGAAUAGGUUGCUGGAACCCAGCCUUCGAUGUCACACCACAUGAGCUGGUGACAGGAGGGAUUGUGACAGAGUUUGGAGUCUUUUCUCCAAGUGAAUUAAAAGACAAACUGCAAAAGUGUCUAAGUAAAGGAAAACAGGGAAUGUCUCAGCCUUUGCUGAUCAACAAAGAAAUUGGUGAAAAAAGUGGCUUUGGAAACCAUCCAGUCACAGUCAUACCGCACUAUGAAGUCCCCUUGCAAGAUGGCACCAAACUGGCCCUCAAAAUAUGGCUCCCAGUAAGAUCACUAGAGGGCACAAACUUUGCCGGUGUCAAACAUGAAGCUGUCUACCAUGGCAAUGAGGACUUUGAUCCAAUUAAAAGUCCAGUGCCUGUGAUUCUUGAAGCUUUACCUUAUCGCAAAAGUGACUGGACAGCAGUACGUGACCACCCACGACACGUGUGGUUCACAUCCCAUGGCUACACCUGUAUCCGUGCUGAUUACCGUGGGACUGGUGAUUCAGAAGGUUUAUACUAUGGAGAAUACCUUCCUCAAGAACAACAAGAUUGCAUUGAUCUCAUUGAGUGGAUCUCCAGGCAGAAUUGGUGUAAUGGAGCUGUAGGAAUGUAUGGAAAAAGUUGGGGUGGAUUCAAUGGUCUACAAGUAGCUUUCCACCAGCCCCCAGCCCUCAAAGCUGUGAUAUCUCUGUACUCCACAGACGACAGAUAUCUGACUGAUAUGCAUUAUGAUGGAGGUUGUGUCAUAGGUAAUGGCAUGCUGAGUUGGGCUGCAGUCAUGUUUGUCUUCAAUGCCAGGCCACCAAAUCCUGACAAUGUUCCAAACUGGAAGGAGAGCUGGCUUGAACGCCUGGAAAAAGCAGGAGAAUGUUGGGCCAAACAGUGGAUGUCUCACCAGUACUGGGAUGACUUUUGGAAACAGGGCUCCAUUUGUGAAGAUUUUUCCAAGGUUACUUGUCCAGUGCUUGCCAUAGGAGGAUGGGCUGAUGGCUAUACUGAUGCAGUGUUUAGAAUGGUGAAGAACUUACCAUGUGUGAAAGGAAUUGUUGGACCAUGGCCACAUAACUGGCCAGAUGCUUGCACCCCAGGUCCAACUAUUGCUUACCUGGAUGAGUGUCUGAGGUGGUAUGACCAUCACCUGAAGGGAGUCCAGAAUGGAGCUAUGGACCUUCCUGACCUUCGCCUCUACCUACAGGACAGCCUACCACCAGCCCCUAGUGUUAUCACCUGGCCAGGGAAGUGGAUGGUAUAUGACGAAAGUAAGCUUGAGAAAAUGACCCUGGUCCUUAAUAAUAACAAGCAAACUUUGGAAAAGAAUGAGGAUCUCUCCCACGGACAGUCUGGCGCAGAGAGAAGUGUAGGCAGCCAUGUUGCUGCAGGGAUGUGGAAUGGUGACUGGUUAAGUAUGGGUGCCCCAGGUUCCUUUCCAUUAGACCAGGCUCUGGGCAAUGCACUAAGCAUGUGUUGGGAUACUAAACCACUUAAAGACAGGAUCUCCAUUGCAGGGUUUCCAAUCCUCAACUGUGUGGUGUCCAUCAGAGAUGGUACCUCUGGUCAGUUAGCAGCUACUCUGUGUGAUGUCUUCCCAGAUGGAAAGUCCCAACAGAUUGCCUAUGGGUUGCUCAAUCUGACACACAGGGAGGGCCACAGUCUUGAGGAUCUAGCUGAGAUGGUGCCUGGUAAGCAAUACCCAGUGCAACUGGAGCUGCAUUCAGCUGGGUAUACUGUACCAAAAGGUCAUAAAAUCAGGUUGGCCAUAGCCCCUUGCUUUUGGCCCUCAGCAUGGCCAUCCAAGGAUACUUCUACUCUCACUAUUCAUAGCAGUACAGAUAAUCAACUAAGCUUGCUACACCUGCCUGUAUACAUAGGGUCAGGUGAUGAUACACCCAAACAACCAGGCUUCGACACCCUGACGGCACCACCAAGGCUGGGCCCAAACCUGCCAGUGUUAGAGCACCGUGCCAGCCAAUACAAGAAGACCAUACAGUAUGAUGUCACAUCUGGGAUCCACACCAUCCAAUGCAUCGAUGAUGGAGGAUGCUACUAUAUGUCAGAUUCAGGUACCACAGUAGACGAAGUGAUGAAGGAUACCUUCACCAUUAAAGAAAAUGACCCACAAUCAGCCAAGGCAAUCUCUGAUCAUGUCUACAGUUACAGAUGGACAGCUGUUGAUACCAAAAUCACCACUCAUAGUGAAAUGUGGUCUGACAGAGACAAUUUUUAUUUACUGAACAAGCUUAUUGCUGAAUUGAAUGGUCAGGUUAUAUUUGAUAAGACCUGGGAAGAUAAAAUUGAAAGAUGUAUGGUGUAACAUUGGAUC